GGAGUAUUCGUGCCGUGUUAGGAGAAGUCUGCGCGAUUGACAUACGUCGUGUUAUUUGGAGGGAUUAAUUUGGACUACGUUUCAUACAUCAGAUUCCUACACUCCGCCCGAUUUAUUCCCCGAGCCUGGAUUACUAAUUGCGCGCUCACCACUUUUGAUCCUAGGUGUUCAAAAUGACUACUUCUUUGUGGCUCCUUUUCGGAGCCUUAGUGAUAUCUUCAAUGAUUACGGAUACCAACACUUGUUCCUGCUUUUAUUCACACCCACAAGAACAUUACUGUGUUGCUGAUUUCGUUGCUGUUGUGCGGGUGAAAUCUCGAGGAAAAGGGGAUGGCCAUAUCACGGCUUACCACAUCAAAGUGAAAAAAGAAUUCAAGAUGACCGAUAAAGCCCGCCAUGCAUUGAGUCAAGGCCUGAUAUGGACUAGCAGCCACGAAGCCUCUUGUGGAGUGACGCUUCAUCCAACCAGGUAUCUUAUUGCAGGUCGAAUAAGAGGUGAGAAAGCAUUCAUAUCUUUGUGCCACUUCGUCCAAGAAUGGAAUAAAUUAUCUGCGAAACAGAAAAAAGGAUUUCGAAAGCUCUACCAACAAGGGUGUCGUUGUCGGGUGAGAAUGCCAGGUUACGUGAAAAAUCCCAGAGAGCCAUACUGUACUUGGGAAACUUUUAGAGGAAGAAAUGAUUGUCAAGCACUGUACUCACUAUGCGUACCGUACGUGCAAAGUUUCAACGGUACUGAUGAAUGCUCAUGGGUCAGUACCUCUCUAUAUCGCCGAUGUAUGAAAGAGCGGAAAUACGAACGAGAACUGGAGCCCUAGACGAGAACUCAUUCAUUAUGCUAACUCUGAACUCUAUUUAUAUUGCCUCCUGGGAACUUUCUUCGACUUUGAGGCAGAUCUGAUGUUCUUGCAUGUGAUGAAACAUUCAUAUUUUUCGUUGAACAAUUUUUUCAUAAGCAAAUUGAUAAUCAUUCAUUUUUUCAGGGGAGCAUCCGAAAAGUGAAUUUGUUAAAGUAGUGACGCUCACAUAUGCUAUCACAUUCUAUCUUUGGUUAUGCAUAUUUGCUACAUUUUGAAAAAGUACCUGUAUAAAAAAAAACUGCUUCUUGUGUAACAUGGGAGUGAUUAUGUGUGGAGGAUACGUGUAAUAUAAGGGAUCUGUUCAAUUUUUCUGUGGAUGAACUUUAUGUAUAUGUUUCAUAUUUUUUUUUAGCAUAAUAUGUCUUUAACCGAUUAUCUUAUAUUUGUACACUGAACUUCAAUCAAAACUUCGUUUAUGUAACAUACAAAUAAAUCAUAAGUAAGGAAAGUUUAAGAUGCAAAACAUCUUACUUUUAUGAAAUUGUUUCUCGAGAAUAAGACCCUGGCAAAAACUGCUAACUCCACUACAUAGAGUUACAAGUAUCCCCAUUGUUACAAGCAUAAAUUAUUUGCUGCCAAAAAGGUACGCUUUUAAGUAAAAUCAAAUUCAUUAUUCAUUUUAAGCGUUUAUUUAUUAAAUCAUAACUAAAGAUUUCAUAGUGAAACUUACAACAUACGGAUAUUUUAAGUUUUGAAAUUAAAUAUAUAUUUUUUAAUUAAGUGAUUUUAACUACAAAUAAUUUUUGUAAAUUUCGAUGAAACCAAAACUUCAAAGUGCUUUAAUGGAUGGCACAAUUUAAACACUGUAGACUGCUUAACAUAUUCAAGUAACAGUGAAGGGGAAAAAAACAAUUUUCUAUGAAUUUUUUUACAUUUUCUUUGAGCUGUUUUUUUAUAAACUAAAUCAUUUUUUUUGUUCACCAACCUCACGCUUACUAAGUUGACUCAGAAGAGUGAUACUGUAAAUUUUACUUCAAUGACACUUCACUCUCACCAUGUAUUCUGAGUUCUACAUGUUCUGAUUUUUAAUAUCUAAAACGGUUUUUCGCUUGAUUUUUAAUGAAAUACUUAAAUGAUAUCACUAUAAUUUUUAAAUGCUAGUUUAUAAAGCAUAUAUACAGGAUAAUAAAUUAUGCUGUUUAAUGAAAUGUUUUUACAAGCAAUUUUGAAUCGGUACGCGAACAAUUUUGAGUGAUAAUCGAAUUUCACUUGAAAUUCUGUCAUGAAUUUUACUUUUUGAACUGAAGUCGAACGCGGAAUAGGAAAUUUUCAAUGAGGAGAAAUUCGACUUUCACUUCCUCCCCCAAAAAGUUUCGAUUUCACGAUUUUUUUCCCUUUUGAAAUACAUCCUUAUUUUAAUAAAUAUGCAUUUUUCAAGUCUUAUUCGGAGUCAUGUUUAGAAUAACGAACAAAACAAUGUACAUACAUUAUUCUAGUUGUUAACCCUCCUGUAGAGUGGUUUCUGGUCAACAUAUAUUUGACCUCGGAUGGUUUUAUAAUGUUCGGGUUGAAAAAGGAGACAGUCUUAGAUUCGGCAACGAAAAAUAGAGUUAUCGGCAACAAAACUCGGCUUGUCUCACCCCUAUUUUAACACAUGGAAUCGUUUUAACAUCGUAAGCUAACUUAACAAAGACAGAGUAUAAUUCUUCGAAUAUGUGCCUGCCAAGUUUGACUGCUGUCACUUUUUUAAUGCGCAUGAGCAGAAACUGCUGAGGUUCAGUUAUAACUCUGGUUAAACAUUAUUUUUAUUUGAUUUCAGGAACUUAUUGUGCCACUGUUUGUUUCAUCACUGUCAUUUUUUUUUUUUCAUUUUACGACAAAAAUUAAUCACUCGUUCAUCUUCGUUUAUCACCACAUGCUUUCAACGAAGUCGCUGGCUUGACAGAGUUAUGAUAUUGAGUUGUAAAUAUGAUUUAACAAGAUAUGACUCGAGCAAAAGAUAUUGUUUUCCAUUGCAUCUUGAAUCAUAAUUGUAAUUAAUGCUGGAAAUAACAAACUAUGUUAAAUAUAUUUAUGUUAUCAUUUUUGAGAUUCGUUGGGGUAUAAUUGUAUACAUUUGUACAUAGUUUUAUGUUGGAUGCACAUUUCAUAUUAAAGGGUACAUUUGGUUAGUGUUUUUUUUUUUUUUUUUCGAAAAUUGUAAAAAAAAAAUGUAAUAUCAGUAGUUUGUGUGAUUGUCUGAUGCAUUUUACGAGGUCACCACGGAUGUAAAGUUUCUUUUUACUAUGAUGUAAAAACAUGCAAUUUGUGUAUGUGUGUGUGUGUUUUUUUCUUUUAUCUCAUUUUCAAUGUUUUGCUCUCAUUCUCAGAUGAACAGCCACUGUUUUUGCAUGUGACCGCAAUUUUUUUUCAAAAACAUUUAUAAAUGUAAAUAUGUUAUUAACAGGUCACUCGUACGUGUUAGUUUUUUUUUCUCCGCUCAAAAUUGUUGAUUGAUUCAUUAAAGGAGAAUUAAAUAUCUUUAGUGAAAGGUGAUUUAAUCAGACCGAAUUACAGUUACCUGUACAAUAUCAGUUUGUUUAAUGAAAGUAGUUAUGUUUUUCCAUUAUUUUCAACAAACUUAAAACUAUCUCAAUUGCAGUAAAUGAAACUUGAGGCUUACAAAGGAGCCUAUACUAUGCCUAAUUACAAGUAUCGCUACUAUAUCGAUAAUUCUAAAGUUCAUUUUAUUGCUUAUACGGAAGAUCCCAGCUUCUGAAUCUAAAAUCUAAACUUUUGUUUCAUUUGAUUAAUUCUGUAUGAAAUUUUAAAUUGAGCAUUUUCAGCAGCAAAAAUAUGUCAUUAACAGUUCACUCUUACUUUUCAGUUGGGAUUUUUUUCACUUCAAUCUGAUGAUUUAUUAUUGUCAAUCAAUGUAACGCGUUUGCAAAGGAAUAGGAGAUUAUGAAAUCAUCUGUAGUUUUUCUGUGAUAUGUCUUUAAAACAAAAGUAGAUUUUACAGCGAUUGGAUUUCAUUCAGUGCUGUAGCUCAUCUUAUGUGUUUUACUGACCUCAUGUAGAUAUGAAUUCAGAUUCACCAAUGUAUUUUUUUUUCUUGGAAUAUGAAUAAAUUUUGAUACUUAA